AUGUUCAGCGAUCACGCUCACCAUCAACAAAGAACUACCGGUUGGCAGCCCACGAGCGCUCCUAGAUAUGCCACAGAGAAACGGGAACGGAGCGUCAGUAGUGAAGAAGAGAGUUGUGACGGGCUUACAAAGCGGGCAAGAACAACGGGAUCGCUUCGCAUGCCAGACAGCGCGGGGCAGACCUUGGUCAAGCUAUCACAUGAGGCAUACACCGUGGGCUGGGUUUGUGCGCUUCCUCUUGAGAUGGCUGCAGCACAAGCAAUGCUUGAUUACACACAUGGACCCCUCGACAUGAACUCGAACGACAGCAAUGUCUAUACAUUUGGCGGAAUCGGCCCUCAUAACAUCGUCAUUGCAUGCUUGCCUUCGGGGCAGUAUGGCACAAACAGUGCGGCGGUAGUGGCGAACAACAUGCUGUGGAGCUUCCCUUCCAUAAACAUUGGUUUGAUGGUUGGGAUAGGCGGCGGUGUUCCCGGAAAGGUUGACAUACGGCUUGGUGAUGUUGUGGUCAGCAAUCCGACAGGAGAUUCCUCGGGGGUCGUACAAUAUGAUUUCGGCAAGGCUGUAAACGAGGGUCGCUUCGAACGCAUUGGGAGUCUAAACAAACCUCCCCAAUCAGUCCUUGCGGCUGUCUCUAAACUACGAGCCAACCACGAAGGCCGAAAAAGUCAAAUCCCGGCGAUUUUGGUCGACAUGGAAACCCGCAACCCUGAAAUGAGAGAGUUCUCGUAUCGAAACGUGGACGAAGACCGACUGUUUGAAGCAUCAUAUGAACAUUCCGGGGAAACUUGCGACAAUUGCGAUAGGUCGAGGCUUAUAUCACGCGGUCUACGGCCAACGCGCAACCCGAGUAUCCAUUACGGAAUCAUUGCCUCUGGGAAUCAGGUUAUGAAACAUGCGAAAACGAGGGACCGAUUGGCGAAAGAACUUGGAUCGAUAUGCUUUGAGAUGGAAGCUGCAGGGCUGAUGGACAAUUUUCCAUGCCUUGUCAUUCGCGGCAUCUGUGAUUAUUCGGAUUCCCACAAAGCAAAGCGAUGGCAGAAAUAUGCCGCUGCUACCGCCGCAGCCUACGCAAAGGAGCUUCUUCUCAUCACGCCACCUCAAAGAAACUCCACUGCUCGAAUGCGGCCUGAAGUUCAGAUUGUUGCAACACCAUCGUCAGAUCGCAAGAGGCUUCUGGACUCACUCAAGUUUGAUCAGAUUGACAAGCGGCACGCCAAUAUCAAGGACAACCAUGCCAAAACCUGCGAGUGGCUUCUCGAACAUCCUGACUAUACCACCUGGAUAGACCGUAAGAUGUACUCUCAGCAUCACGGCUUUCUCUGGAUCAGGGGGAAACCGGGGGCAGGAAAGUCAACGAUCAUGAAAUUCGCCUUCACCCGAGCGAGGAGAAGAGCCGCAUCGAUCGGACCUUCCAUUUCAUUCUUUUUUAACGCCAGAGGCGAAGGGCUCGAGAAGUCGACGCUGGGAAUGUAUCGGUCACUCUCACAUCAGCUUUUGGAGAAAAUGCCCGAUCUACAGGUUUUGCUCGACACGAACGACGGACCCCAAGAAAUCGCACAGUGGGAUUUAGAAAAGACCAAGACUCUCUUCCGCAGCGCCGUCCGGAAACUCGGACAACGGCAACUUACUUGUUUCAUUGACGCCCUCGACGAGUGCGCCGAGGAGGAAGUUCGAGACAUGGUCAAGGUCUUUGAAGACCUAGGACAAUAUGCGGUUCAGCGCGACAUCCGAUUCUAUGUUUGCCUUUCUAGUCGACAUUACCCAUACAUCGAUAUCCAAUACGGCCAAAAGCUCAUCCUAGAAGACCAAACUGGUCAUGAGAAGGACCUCGCAGAGUAUGUUCACACGAGUCUUAAGGCUGGUAGCGGAUCCAGGAGCGAGGAAGUCAUAGCCGAGAUCCUUCGGAAAGCCUCUGGUGUCUUUAUGUGGAUCGUUCUCGUUAUCGACAUACUGAACAGAGAGUAUGAACGGGGUCGCGUGUUUAAAAUCAAGAGCCGCUUAGAGGAGAUCCCGUCCAAAUUAAGUGAGCUCUUCCAAAACAUGUUAACCAGAGACAAAGAGAAUCUCGACGAUUUGCUUCUAUGUAUUCAAUGGAUUCUCUACGGUACACGACCUCUAAAACGCGAAGAAUACUAUUUCGCCUUGGCCUCCGGCUUGGAGCCCGACACGCUGGGAGAGUGGGAUCCCAAUGAGAUCCCAUUUGAAUUCAUGGAUCGUCUGAUUGUCAGUUCGUCUAAGGGACUGGCUGAAACAACGAGGUCCGAUGAUAAGACUGUCCAAUUCAUUCACGAAUCCGUACGUGACUUUCUUAUCAAAGACAAUGGGCUGCGUACUCUCUGGCCAGAGAUGGGCACUGAUUUCGAGGCCCAAAGCCACAAUCGUUUACGGGACUGCUGCCAUGAAUACUCGACUCAAGUCAACAUCUCUAAACACUUGCACGAUGACGACUUUUUACUCCUUACAUCCAAAAAGGAAUCUAUCGAUUUCCAAGCCGUAAUCGACCGUGGCUUCCCCUUCCUAAAGUAUGCAACCAGCCAUGUACUCUACCACGCCAAUGCUGCUGCCCGGACCGUCCCACAGACCGAGUUUCUCCAAUACUUUCCCUUAAAACAAUGGAUCCAGAGAAGCAAUAUUUUCGAAAAGCAUAAAACUAGAAAGCAGAAGCAUGGUGCUACGAACCUCUUGUAUAUCGUUGCGGAAAGGGGUUUAACGAGGCUGGUUGAGACAGCGCUUCAACAUGACCCGGAUGCUGAAGUACGUGGAGGCCGCCAUGGCUACCCAGUCCUUGCGGCUCUGAAAGAAGGCCAUGACGACGUAGCAAGAUUUUUGCUGGAACAUAUUGCAAGCUCUGCAAGAGAAAUUGCGUCCACAUCAUGCAAUACCCCGGAAUCCGAGACGAGCAGCCAAGUCCACCCCAGCAUCGACUGCACAGACAAAGAAGGACGCACGCCCCUCUACUUUGCUGCAGAAAGAGGGCAAAUCGACAUCGCCGAAAUGCUAUUCAACUUGGGCGCGCAACCUAACCUCAUACCAAAGGACAUCUCUUAUAGCCCUCUGGUUCGCGCUGCCUUGAAGGGGCGAGAAGCACUCGUGAGGCUGAUUCUUAACCGGCGGUCGAUGUUGCAAGCAAGUGGCACGGCCCAUCCGACUCUACCAUCAUCACCAUCGAUAAAAAAAUACAGAGAUGUCGAAGCAGCCUUCGAAAUGGCUGUGACAAACGGGAUCAUAGGCGUUGGGCGAAUUUUGCUUGAGAAUGGCGCCAACGCCGACGACAAACUUUCCGGCUCUACACCUCUAGAGAUAGCAAUCCGCAGAAACGAUGGACUUUUCGUCGAACUCCUUCUCGAAAAAGGAGCAAAUCUCGAUGGUACUCCAAACGGAAUGGUGUCAAAGCCAAAGCCAAUCCAUUUGGCAGUCAAUGGCGGAAUGAAAAACGAAGCGAUCAUUCGACUAUUAAUUCAGAGAGGGUGUGAUUUGGAAGCUCGAGACGCAUCUGGGAAGACACCUAUCUACACCGCUUGCGGAUGGAAUGGUAAACCAGAAAUGGUAGCGCUUCUACUUGCAGAAGGUGCGAAUGUUUAUGCGCAAAACGACGCGGGGAAUACUCCGUUGAUCGCUGCAGCAUUAAAUGACCAUGUCGACAUUGUGAAACUACUAUUGAGCCACAGCAUUCCCACACACCACAUUACUAAUGCUGGAUCCAUGUCCUCUCAUAAAGAGUCACAACAACAAUCCGAUGGUGGGCCUCCAGAUUUAAGGCACAUGGUGAACAAGCUCGGACAGACCGCUCUCUUCGUGGCCUACAGUAAAGUUCUGGAGGACCUCUUAAAUGCAGGUCUGGAUCCAACUCAUCAAGAUAAUUUGGGCCAGAACUUUCUCCACAAGGCAUGUCAGAUUGGGCCACGCUCUGAAUAUCUUGACUAUGUGGAGGGAGCCGUUGGUAAGGGGCUUGAAAUCGACGGCCGGGACUACGAGGGACGAACGCCCCUUAUGAAUGCUGCUGGAAUUUCGGAUUUUCCAGCCGUCAAGUUUCUACUUCGACAUGGGGCCGACCCCAAUGCAAAGGAUAACAAAGGACAAACGCCACUAUUUGAGGCUGUUUCGUCGUGGAAAUCAUGGUGGCGCGAUGGGGAGAUAGGAGAGUUCAGAGCUACAGUUCGGUCUCUUCUUGAUAAAGGUGCUGAUGUCACGGCACCAGGCCCCAAUGGCGAAAGUUUACUGGACAUGGCUGUUCUGCGGGGGUAUGAUGACAUGGUAGACUUUCUAAGGGAAGCAAUAGAACGAAAAGGUGUCGUUUCAUGA